UAUUUCCUUUAUAAUUGACUGGUUUGAUCUCCUUGCAGUCCAAGGGACUCUCAAGAAUCUUCUCCAACACCCAUGAACAGUAUGAAAUUAUGGUAUUUAUUCUUUGUCAAAAAACACUUGGUUCGCUGCCAGUCCUAAUGAGAAUAAGCAUUAAAAAAGCAGAAGUCUGCAUUGCUGUUAUUAUCACUUAUCUGAUAAUUUACAGUUGGUGAAUGAUUGUCAGCUUUGAUGCAUGCAGUAUGUACCAGAAUCAUAACUGCAUGUAAUAAAUACAUAUGGAUAUAUGUUUUUGCAACAUAUGCCUGUGUUCAUAUGGGUGUGCUUAUGGGGUCCCUAUUGAAUCUAAGGUUUGUUCCUUGCUGGUUCCAAAACCGUGGAUUUAAAGUAUAGCUCCUGAGAAACCAUCCAGGUUCUACUCCCUGCCCCCUCCAUCUCCAGGGAUGGAAGCCUUUAAAAGAACAAAAAGCUCCUAUAUAACUGUGUGCAUUUCUCAGAGUUCAGGCAGUGAAGGUUCUCAGACACAAUUAGGGUUGGCUAGGUUAUCAACUAUUCAUUUACAAAUAUGUAUUGAGCAUGUUUGUGUUUCUUGAAGUACACAUGAAGAAAAUUUAACAUACAGUUUAGCACUGCUUGCCAAAACAUCUUCUAGCUGUGGAGAUAAAUGUAAGAUUUUGAGUCCAGCAAAUAUUUGUUGAGCACCUUUCCUGGGCUACUGUGUUUGGGGCACACAGAGACAGGAUAGCAGAAACAGCUAAGUUGCAGUGCAAAAAAACAGAUGAUUCAGAGCCUACAGGAGGGAACAAAUUGUAAAUAUUUUAGAGCACUCACCCUGGGACUUAGUAAAUUUCACAUAUGUUGGUUGCAAGGAACUCAUAGUGCCAGUCUCUUUCCUAUAGCAAAUGCAGAAAGAAGCAACAGGGGAAGAAGAGCCUUGUUGCUCUGAAUUUCAAACUAUUUGGAACCUGCCAGGUGGGCCCUGGAGGUCUGUCCUUUUGUAGAAGUUAGGCGGCUCAUGGGAGAUGACCCUGAAGCCAGCCCACAGGUUAGUCUAAUGGGCAGUGAGGAGCAGACACAUUGUCCUCCAGGGUCCUGCCCCAGCUGUGAUGGGCUGUGAUAGCCUGUCUUCAGUGGCUUUUGAUCAAAAUCUCAGCAAGCCCUGCCCGAGUUUAGUAGUUUCUGUCUCAUAGGUCUGUGUAUAUUUUCUAAUAUGAGUCUGCUUUUUUUAGCUGUUCAUUGCCCAACUGACUUCUGGGGUCCCUGACACUGUUCUCCACUUUCUUCUCAGUUUUAGGGUCCAAGGGACAGAGGAGCCUAGUGGGCUGCAGUCUAUGGGGUCGCACAGAGUCGGACACGAGUGAAGCGACUUAGCAGCAGCAGCAGCAGCAGCAGCAGCCUUGUUUUAAGUUCACAUCAUGAACAGGGAAGCAGGAGGUGGUGGUUAGGAUGAGGAGAGAAUUCUGAGCCUAGAGCGAGAACAGGAGGUACAAACAGACGGGCAAAUUGCAGUUUCUGGGAAUUCUCCAGACCUGAUGGCGUUUCUGCAUAGCUUACCCAAUAACGCGGCAGCCCCUUUUGAUGUUCUUUUAGGGGGGUCCUCUACCUCUGGGCCUCACUGCUGACUCACUGGUCACCUGAACUCAGCUGUUCACAUUCAGGCUUUUUGCUCUUUUGCCCUCCUGUCUCAUCCUGCGUGCAGUUUAACUUGGAACAUUGCUGUCACCGUGGCCUUCUCUCAAAAUUACUGCGAUGCUAUCGACCGCUGCCUGUUACAUCUGAAUUAAACCCAGGCCAGAGCCGUGGUUCAGAACAAAGUGAGAACAGACACAUCCUGAGAUCCAGACACCCCGGGAGGGCCUUGCUGAUAAGCUGAAGACCCCGAGGCGCAGAGAGGUGAAAUGACUCACCCAAAGUCACAGGGAGCCCUUGGCAGAGUGGAACAAGAACGCCUACUAAAUUUUGAUGCCUCAUUUAAUCUUUCUCUGUACUGUGACGCUUUCUUUUUAAAAAAAAAUUAAUUUUUUUUUUUUAACUGAUGGAUAAUUGCUUUACAGAAUUGUGUUGGUUUCUGCCAAACACUGUGAUGCUUUCUGGAAAGAGGUGGGGUUCUUACUUCCCGAAGAGUGAAAGCACUUCAUCUUUUUCUUUCUUCUGGAGUCUUGAGAUAGUUUUCCUUUGAUACUGGUCUUCCUUGCUCUGUCUUUCUUCUCUAGCUCCUAGGAGUCCGGUGUAUUUGGGAGAGGGUUUUAUGCUUGGGGCCUUCUGGUGCGCUUAAGUUUGGUCUGUGGCUUUCCCUUCCCAUGGUGGGGUCCUCAGGAACCUCGUAAAGGUGUUUGCCAAGCUAUUAUAUAUAUGCAUUUUUCUAGGAGGAGGAUCCACAGACUUCAUUCGAUUCUUACCUAACUCAAGUAAGGACAGGAACUACUGGGGUGGGCAUAGUGGAGUUGGAUGGGGGAUUGGUUGCCACUGGAGACAGUCAUGUUGCCCUACACUUGACUUGGGUGUGCAGUUUAUGAUGUAUUUCACACCAGUGACCUCAUCUGCUUUUUAUAACAGCCCUGUGAGGCUGUUAUCAUUAUUCCCAUUUUGCAGAUGGGGAAACUGAGCCUGUUAGUUUCAGUGACUAACGGUUAGUGACAUGCCCAAGUCAGAAGUAAGCAGUAGGGCAGGCAUCUGAUCCCAAGUCUUCAGACUUCAAAUCUGGUGUCUUGGGCAGAGGUGGUCCACAUGCCACAUCCUCAUUACAGUUUUGUGAGUGGAGGGUCUCAAACUUUUUGGAGCUUAAAAAUUCUUUUGUAGCUCCUUCUUUAUGAUAUCCACUGCUAGCUGAUGUCCAACCAUGGAGUCAGACCGAAGUCCUAAAUUACCCAGGGGGUGGGAUGAUAAAGUACGGGAGGCAGAUGUCAUAGCAGUGAUAAUGUAGACUGGGGCUAGUUUGGGAUGAUUUUAUGGAAGAGGUGAAUUUGGAAGUAGGCCUGGGGUCAUGGCAGACGCUAUGGCAGAGGUUUUCAGCUGGGGCCAUGACCCAAAAGGGGUGAAAGGGAAAUUGUCUGUGCUUGGGCAGAGUGGAGCUGACCAAGGAGGCUGGGUGGAUCCUGCAGUCAGCGGGGGCUUCUUGUAGUGUCUGGGCUUUUUCUCUGCCCUGGGGCUACAACAGUGAAGAGGCACAACCCUCCUGCCUUCAAAGAGCCCAGUCUCCUGGGAGAGACAGACGCUGAAACAGUUAAACUCAGCAUGGCGCGGUGAGCGCAGUGGUGGAGAAGGUUGCCUGCCAGACAAGGGCCACCUGUUCUAGCCUCAGAAAUCAGAGAGGGCUUCCUUAGGGAGAUGACGCAGGAGCUGAAUCUGAAGGUAUGAAAAAGAAUUAACCUGGAGAGGAGACAAGAGAAGGAUGUUUAGGGGGAAGGCACAUGGGUGCAAAGGCGUGGAGGCCCAAGGCUGCCUGGGUGUAGGAAGGGGCAGCAGCAGGCUGGUCAAGCACAAUGAUGCGUGUGUACAGAGCCCAGCUCUGAGGACAUGAAGAGCCUGGCUGGGGACCUCGCAUUUCGGCAGGGCGGAUGGGACUUACAGUGGGCCAGAAGCAAGCAGGACUGGGAGCCAGGCGGCCCCUGGGCGGUGAGUCAACAGCAGGUUCCGUGCAGGGUCCAGUCCCUGGAGAGGAGGCCUGGAAGCAGGGCUGUGUGGAUGAAGGUAGAGGAAAGGUCACAUGUUAAAGCCACUUGGGGAGUCAAGUCUGCAGUUUUUAGUGCUUUGAGGGAUAAGGGAGGAGUCCCAGUUGAUUCCCAGGUCUCUGGCCUCCUGGACUGAGUGGAUGGUAACCUUUACUGGAGUGUGACCUUCUGCUGGUGGCUGGAGCAGAUGUGCUGGGGUGUUGUGCCCAGGCCCCUGAGAGGGAGGGAUGGAGAACUCUUCAGCAGCGUCCGCCUCCUCUGAGGCCGGGAGCAGCCGCUCCCAGGAGAUCGAGGAGCUGGAGCGCUUCAUCGACAGCUACGUGCUGGAGUACCAGGUGCAGGGGCUGCUGGCCGACAAGACGGAGGGUGAUGGCGAGAGUGAGAAGACGCAGUCCCACGUCUCCCAGGUGUGGAAAAGGGAAGCUGGAAGAUGGGGAUGGAAUCAACCUGAAUGACAUCGAGAAGGUCCUCCCGGCCUGGCAGGGCUACCACCCGAUGCCCCACGAGGUGGAGAUUGCGCACACGAAGAAGCUGUUCCGGAGGAGGAGAAAUGACCGAAGGCGGCAGCAGAGACCCCCAGGAGGGAACAAGCCCCAACAGCACGGUGACCACCCGCCGGGCAGUGCCAAACACAACAGGGACCACCAGAAAUCCUACCAGGGGGGCUCGGCGCCCCACCCCUCAGGGAGGUCCAGCCACCACGGCUACAGCCAGAACCGGCGCUGGCACCACAGCAACAUGGAGCAUCCUUCCAGUGACAAGGGGAAGGCAGGCGCCCACCGCAACGCCAAAGAGACCGUGCCCACAGAGAGCCCCAGACUUGAGGAUGCCCUGGGGGACGCUGGGCACGGCAGCCUCGAGUCACCCCGCAGCCCUGAUGCCCUGGCCCCAGCGGCUUCCGAGAGGCUCACCCUGCUGCAGCCGGGGUGUCCAGAGGCCGAGACAAAGCUUAAAGACAGUAUUAUUCCCGAGCGCGGCGGGGAGCGCCCCAAAAUUACCCUGCUCCAGUCUUCCAAAGACAGGCUGCGGCGAAGGCUGAAAGAAAAGGUACCGGAUGAAGUGGCUGUGGAGACCACCAGCCCUCAGCAGAACAAGAUGGACAAGUUGAUCGAGAUUCUGAACAGCAUGCGGAACAACAGCAGCGACGUGGACGCCAAGCUCACCACCUUCAUGGAGGAGGCCCAGAACUCCACCAACUCGGAGGAGAUGCUGGGGGAGAUCGUUCGCACCAUCUACCAGAAGGCCGUGUCCGACCGCAGCUUCGCCUUCACGGCCGCCAAGCUCUGCGACAAGAUGGCGCUCUUCAUGGUGGAGGGGACCAAGUUCCGCAGCCUGCUGCUCAACAUGCUGCAGAAAGACUUCACGGUGCGGGAGGAGCUGCAGCAGCAGGACGUGGAGCGCUGGCUGGGCUUCAUCACCUUCCUGUGCGAGGUCUUCGGCACCAUGCGCAGCAGCACGGGCGAGCCCUUCCGCGUGCUGGUCUGCCCCAUCUACACCUGCCUCAGGGAGCUCUUGCAAUCUCAGGAUGUGAAGGAAGAUGCCGUCCUGUGCUGCUCAAUGGAGCUGCAGAGCACAGGCCGACUGCUGGAGGAGCAGUUACCCGAGAUGAUGGCCGAGCUCCUGGCCAGUGCCCGCGACAAGAUGCUGUGCCCCUCGGAAUCCAUGCUGACCCGGUCCCUGCUGCUGGAGGUCAUUGAGCUGCACGCCAACAGCUGGAACCCCCUGACGCCCCCCAUCACGCAGUACUACAACAGAACCAUCCAGAAACUGACCGCCUGACAGCUCGGGGGCCUGGCGGGUGGCCCACGGGGCAGCUGGGGCCCUGGUGCUCAGAGCCAGAUGGACAGGCGGGAAGACAGGGGUGGCCCUGGCGGGAGAGAGGCGUGGGGAGGAAGGCAGGCAGAGCCGGCGGCCAGUCUGGAGCCAGACGGGGAAGGAACCGAAGCCCUAGGAGGAGCGGCCCCCCAUCCGACGAGCCCCCCAGCCCGAGCAUGCGGCAGCUCGCACCAGUAAGGGCAGCAUGUGUCUUCUCCACAGUGGCCCGGCCCUCCUCCUCCCCGCCCCCUCCCACGCAAGGCGUCCCCUCCCCCCUGCCCCCCGCCAGGCUGUGCUGUGUGCAGGGGUUCAUCUCCUCAGAGGCCGUGGCAGUCCACAUGCUGGGGUACAGCUUGGGUCAGAAAGGACCUCAGAAGGCUGGAAAAAGUGGGUCGGAGAUGGGCUUGCAUUGUUCGCGCGCACUGCCAGCCACAGUCGCCAACCGGCAGCAGGCGACAUGGAGCAGAUGUCCAGGAGGACAAAGGCAGGCACAGUCCCCACCAGCCGCCCCUAAUUGACGGCCUUUGUCCGCGCGGCCGGCGGGCUGGGGGACGAGGCGAUCUCCUCUAACCUUCACGUUCCGCCCUCCCACCUUCCAGCCUCGUCCCUCAGCGCCCCCGACCCCCGAGCUGCAGGCCCAGAGGAGGCCAGGGGCCUCGAGGGGAGACAGUUUGCCGUUCUACUUGCACUCUUUUGUUUUAUUGUGUUUUACUGUUUUCAAAAGUCAGCUGCUUUGAAGUCUCCUCUCUCAGUGCCGAGGGCCCCGCAAUGUGAUCACACAGUCAGCCCCGCGAGAACCCCCUGAUUAGUGGGAGAUCAAACCCGGCCCCCCUCUGGAAGGAUCCUAGCCACAGACAGCUUGCCAGUAGCCAAUUAGGGUAAUUGGAAACUUCUGCCCCUGCAGGGGUCCCCGCUGGAACCCCGUGCUCCUCGGCCCCUGGCUUCCCUGUUCUCCGUUUCUAGCUUCCUUCCUCAAAGGGCCGAUACUGUCGCCGCUGGGAGAGCAUUAAACCCGUCCUGGCCUGGGGCCUGGUAGUGAACCGGGCUCAGAAAGAGGCUGGCGAAUUAAAACCGAAAAGCCCAGUGAUGCUUCCCCGUGCCACACACACAAGUCUUGUCUCAAGCUCUCCCUGGGGGGCAGAUUCAGGGAGAGGGGGACACCUGAUUCCCUAGGACUAACUCAACGAGCUGAGUCCUCAGCCGUGGUCUGUGCCCCCUGUGGGGGGAAUCUCUGGGUAUUACUGCCCCAGGGCUGUUGGGAGGGGUGUGUUUGCUGAGUCAUGAGCAGGACUAUCAGGGAUCCCAGCAAGCCACCCGCUUUCCAGGCUGGCAUCAAGGCUGGGGACACUUGGAGGGUCCGAGUCCUGGGGGCAGCCCCUUCUCUGACAGCUGGGGAGGAGGAUGAGGGGCGGGCCCUGGGAGGCUAGCUUCGGGUCAUCUCUGGUGUCUGCGCAGCCCCACUCCUGGUCUGGAGCCCUCAUUUCCGUGAGGCCCCAGAAGGCGGCCUCAGAGCCCAGCAGUGUCCUCACUUGCUCUUCGGUUGAGGCCUGGGUCACCUUGAACCCCCGCCCCUGGCUGACUGGUCUGAUCAGGCUGGAGGAAAUGUCCCCUUGUUGAGUCUAGGAGAGCAGGCAGGUGGGGGUAGGGGGUGGCUUCCUCUGUACUCCCUGGCUUAUCCAUCCCACCAGCCGCCACCUCCCCGCCAGUCCCCAGGAAGAGCCUGUUGGGGAACAAGAGGAGGGGCACAGUUUACCUGGAAGGGGUCAGUGGCCUCUGCCAAGGAGUCCACACUGCCCCACCCCUGCCUUCUCCGCCCCCUUCCCCUUCCUCCUAAGCUCCUCCAUCUUCUCCUCACCGCCUUUCCUGCACCUUUUGGCUUAGCCUGGGCCCAGAGACACCAGAGGCCCCACAGAAGGCCUUGAGGGAAGAGCUGGGCUGACGUCCGGAUGCUCAGAGAGGCCCCUGGGAAAUCGUGGCCCCACGGGGUCAAGCAGCCCCCAGCCCGGCAGGCAGCCGCUCCCUGGCCGCCCUCCGAGACCCGCACCUGGGCUGAAGGAAGGCCCUGCUUCCCUCAAGUGAGGUGUGUGUGAGUGUGCGUGUGAAUGUGUGUGUGUGUGUCUACAUGAGUACAUCUACUGAGAAGGAAGCAGGGCCCUGGAAGAACGCUGAAGCCUAAAAGUGAGGCUGAAAGUAGAGGAAGCAGAAGAGGGGGUCUCCCAUCCCAGCCUUGGGCUCAGAGAGCAGGCUUCCUGAAGGGUCCCCGGACACCAUGCGCUCGGGGGCGAUGUUCCCUGGACGCCGGGGCAAGUUAACAUCUCGGCACCGCCUUCCUAAGGGCCCCUUCCUCCCGACAGCCUGCCUUGGUGGUCUUGCCUCAGGGCCAGCCCCACCUUGACUGUUAGGACCAGAGUGGGAAGGAGUGAGAUAUAAAUAUGUAUACAUAUAUAAAUAUAUUUUUAAUUACGUGUCGUGUCACCGUGGCCUCCAGACAUAUAUGGUUCGCUUAGUUGAUUCCACUGCUUGAGAGCGCUUCCUGGCUGAUCCACAUAACCGUCGGAGCUGUUUUUCUAAAUGCAGGUUGCUGCCACUUUUUCAGAUGUGGAAGGAAAACGUUCCCCCCUCUCCCCCCCAAAAAUUUUUUUUUUUAAGGAAAUAACAGUUAAGCCUAAACUCUGAGGCAGCUUCUCGCGGGAGACUACUUAGGAACUCGGGGGCAGACAGGAGUGCCCUCAGACCUCCGCCCCCUCCCCAGGCCACAUCCCCCCGCUGACAGGGAGGCCGUGUCCAAGUUGACCUCUGAAUGUAUUUGAUGGGAGGCAAAACUGGGUAUUGCUUGGUCCUCUAAGGACUCAGUCCUCCUAAGGCUUGUGCGGUUUUCCCUCCUCGCCUGUGGCUCCCUCAGCUCUGAGCAGGCAAGGUCCCGCCAUCCUGAUGCGCGUCCCGUCUCUCCUGCCAGUCAAGAUGAGGCAGUCAUGGUUUUCCUCUCAGGCAGCCUGCCUGCUCGCCACAGUCCUGCUCCCACGGGCCUCAUGGCUCUGCCUGAGCUCUGGGACUGCUGCCCCGAGAAGGCACCCCCCUCACCACCCCCAGCCUCCCCUGGACAAGGCAGGAGACCCCAGCACCCUCCCCAGUGGGUGUGCAACCCCAAACCCACUCUUCGUCUGCUCGUCCUUCCUUAACCUGUCUGUACACCUUUAAGGUUUGGGGAUCGUCCUGUCCAUCCGUGUAAAUGUAAACGUGGGCCGAGUCGGUAUUUAUUCUAAUUUUUAUUUUUUAUUUUAUUUUCUCUGAUGGAUGGGGAGGGAGGGGGUGUGGGAAACGUCCCGCUCUGAUCACGCCCUGGGCAGCUGCAGGGGCGGGGGCCCAGACAGCCAGGCCGCCGCAGGAGUAGCCCCGAGGGGCCGCACAGACGCCAAGCCCCAGGCUCUUAUCUGGCAUCAGAAGGCGGCCAGUGUUCCUCGUCCCGACAGACUGUCCGGCCUGCCCGCGAAGUCCUGUCCCUCAGCUGCCGGCGCUCUGUUGGGAAACCGCAGGCUGGGCCUUUGAGGACACAGAUCAGAGAAAUGGCAACUCUUCUCCUCUGCUCGGGACACUGGCACACAAGGGCUGCCUGCCUCGCCCGAGCCAGCUGGGAGCCUGGCGACGGGUCCUACCUCCCCAGAGCAGGGGGCCGGGGGCUUCCCGCCAAAGCUGCGGCAGAACCCUGCUCGUGCGACGACCACCUUCCCUCCCUUGGUAUGUCCUGCUUUCCAGCUCAACCCAAACUACAAGUGGGUUUAAAAAUAAACCACACCAAAAAACAGAAA